AUGAUUCUCCUUGUCAUCGCAGUCGGAAAAGUCAUUUUGAAAGGCAGCAGGCAGCGAAUGCGCAAUCAACAGCCUCAGAAAGAAUCACUCGGCGGAGCCGGAGCAACUCGUUUCUGGCUUGGAGGCGCACAUGCUGGCGGCAUCUGGAUGUGGCUCGACGGCGAGGAAAAUACACAAAUUGGUCAAAAGGAGAGCCAUGGACAGGCUUGCUUGCAGGAGGACUCCAUCACUAUCCUUGACGAAAGUUGUAGUCCUAGUGAAGUUUUGUGUUGCCCUGGAGCGUCUCUCGGCAAGACUGAGCUGGAGGAGGCUACGAAAAAGGAGCGUUCGUACUACAAGUACGCUGUUGGAGACUGCAACGCAUUCAUCUAUGAGGAAAAGCCGGCGACAGCGCGCAUUGGACCGCACGGAACCGGAGAUGCAAACAAAAACGGAGAACUUUUUAUGGACUUCCUGAAGCAAUGCAACCUCUCCCACAGAAAAAGCCUCUUCAUGAAAAAAAUUGGCCCAAGGGUGGACAUGGAAGAGCCCUGGCGCAGUAGCUCACAGCGAAAUCGACCAUAUUCUCACGAACAGGAAGUAGAGUUUGCA